AUGGCCCCAUCUGAGCCUUGUGGGGUGCUGGCGGGGCCCACCCAGGUGGAGGACUCCCUGUCUGGGGAGGAGGGUAACGAAGAGGAGGAGGAGGAGGAGGAGGAGGAGGCAGCUCCAGACCCAGCUGCUGCUCCUGAGGAUCCCAUGGUGCCCCAGCUGACAGAAGCCAGCCAAGUUUUGAGUGCCUCAGAUAUUAGGCAGCUCAGCUUUCACUUCCCACCAAGAGUCACCGGCCAUCCCUGGAGUCUGGUCUUCUGCACGUCGAGGGACGGUUUCAGCCUGCAGAGCCUGUACCGGCAGAUGGAGGGCUGCAGCGGGCCAGUGCUGCUGGCGCUCAGGGACCAGGACGGGCAGAUAUUUGGAGCCUUCUCCUCCUCGGCUAUCCAACUCAGCAAAGGCUUCUAUGGUACCGGCGAGACAUUCCUCUUCUCCUUCUCACCACAGCUGAAGGUCUUUAAGUGGACUGGAAGCAACUCUUUCUUUGUGAAGGGAGACUUGGAUUUACUGAUGAUGGGCAGUGGCAGUGGCCGGUUUGGGCUGUGGUUGGAUGGAGACUUGUUUCACGGGGGAAGCUCCCCUUGCGCAACCUUCAACAACGAGGUGCUGGCCCGGCGGGAGCAGUUCUGCGUCCAGGAGCUGGAGGCCUGGCUUCUCAGCUGACGGCCCUGCGGCAACAGGUACUCAGCCCUGCUCACGAUGCCAGCCAGGCCUUCCUGACAC